CCAGGAACAGGUGCUAUGGCGCAUGAGCGUCGUUGCUAUAACUUGCACACCCUGGGUUAGUGUGCUCACUGUGUGGGUCUUUGCAUUACUGGAACCACCAGAUGUCGUGUCCAAAAUGGUAGCAGCAUUAUAUGCUAUCUUGUACGCUACAGCACGUGCUAUUAUCUUGGGACUUAUGUUCACCACUUUACGAGAUCUUCCUCCUGACGCACACAAGGCAGUGUCGUGGACUAGUUUAAUGCCGCACUUAUAAUUCAUGAUCAUGAUACUUACUCGUGAUACACUUCAUGCUUUUGUAAUGGUGUUCAGAUGCGGGGUCGACAGCUAGGUACACGAAUUGUUUCGCAACCGCUACAAACGACGCGAUCAUAUGACCUG